GCUUGUUUCAGUGGCACAGCAGCACCAAACUGUGCUGGUUUGGGAGUGGGUGGGAGGAAGCCUGGGGGUUCUCUGCACCCCAUUCCACAUUUGAACCAACAGCGAGCUUAUGUAGUCACUUCACAAGAAAUGCUUUUGAAACACCGCCAGAUGUGUCAGCUGCUGUGUGAAGGGAGUUGAAAGCCUCACUGUGGAUAGAUGCUUGAAAAGGAGCUCUUGGGUUUGCAUGUGCCACAACUGUCUGAACUCUGGAUCAUGCCUCCCUCUGCCUUCUUCUGGAUGCUGCCACCUUCAGUUUCUUCUCCUUGCUCCUGGGAUUUCAGAGAGUAACAUGGAAGCUUUUCAGAGAGGAACUGAAAUGAGAGAGCAUCUGGGGACACCAGAGCUGUGGUGCUGGCUCCUGUAUGGGACCCUGUUUUGCCCACCUGUGGCUGCAGUCUCUGCCUGCUGGCUUCUGCCUGCCUGGUACACAUCAUGCUUAGCAACGAAGCUGUCUUUUCCAGUGUGAAUUUAUUGACAUUUUUCUGCAUGUGUGUAAAAUUCCAAUGUCCUCCUGUUCACUAACUGAUUUGAGAGGUUUUGUCAACUCCAAGGGAAGAAAAGACAGACACUGCUGCCAGUGACUAUUCAGCCAUCUACUUCUGUGUAGCCUAGCUGCCCUUUCCAGGAAGGACAAACUCUUUUCAUAUGGGAUUUUGUGAGGAGCUGCUCUAGGGCUCUCACUCUUCUUUGCUUUCCUUUUGGCUCAGUGUGUUUCCUUGGCUUGCUGUCUGUCAGCGUUACAACUUAUCAGACCAGGAUUUCCAGACAUCUUUGAGAAAUCAUGCUUCUCCCUGGUUUGUAAAGGGUGCAGACAGGAGGCGUCAUGUGAAUGACAAGCAGCUGGCUGAGAGCAAGGCUGCCCAGCGGGAUUCGUGGCAAGGCUGAGCUCCACGCCCUGGUGCACAGGAUGGCAAGCUGAUCUGCUCCCGCACACAGGCAUUCCAUAGCACUGCCCUCCUCCUGAGGCAGUGCGCAGAGGAGCAAUGGGAAUUGAGGACCAUGGUUACUUGACAUAAAUGGCAGAUCCCUGGGUGUCUAGUCUCAUAGCUGCUCGCUUUAGCUUUGCCUCUCUCUGCAGCCACUGUUUCUUUGCAAGCCACCUCUGGGUGCUGCUGCAAGAGUACUGGAGACCUCGAGGGCAACUUGGGAGCAAAUCUUGAAGAGGGGGUGGGCUUCCCGCCUCACCAUGAUUCAGCUGUGGAAAGUGGUGCGGCACGUGCGACAGCUGGAGCUCCACAGACUGAUUCUGCUGCUCAUUGCCUUUAGCCUGGUCUCCAUGUGCUUCCUGGCCUAUUAUGUCACCAACAGUCCCAAGAUCAAGGAACCACCGCCCUUGCCCUUCAGUGACUGCAGCAACCAGCACAGGGUCCUGAUCCCUCCCCAAGCCAGCUGGAGACUCACCAAAUCCGUUGACACCUCGCGCACAGAUCCUGUGGUGCUCGUCUUUGUGGAAAGCAUUUACUCUCAGCUGGGGCAGGAAAUUGUGGCCAUCCUGGAAUCCAGCCGAUUUAAAUACAGGACAGAGAUUGCCCCUGGCAAGGGGGACAUGCCCACCCUGACGGACAAGGACAGGGGCCGCUAUGCUCUCAUAAUCUAUGAGAAUGUCCUUAAAUAUGUGAACCUAGAUGCUUGGAACCGGGAGCUGCUGGACAAAUACUGUGUGGAGUAUGGAGUAGGGAUUAUUGGCUUCUUUAAAGCCAAUGAGAACAGCCUGCUCAGUGCUCAGCUCAAGGGUUUCCCCCUCUUCCUACAUUCCAACCUGGGACUGCGGGACUAUCACAUCAACCCCAGUGCCCCCCUGCUCUAUGUCACCCGAGCUAAUGAGGUAGAGCAGGGCCCCCUGCCUGGUGAUGACUGGACGGUGUUCCAGUCAAACCACAGCACCUAUGAGCCCGUGCUGUUGGCCAGCACAAAGUCAUCAGAGUCCAUUCCUCAUCUGGCCACCCACAAAGCGCUGCAUGCCACUGUGGUGCAGGACUUGGGGCUGCAUGACGGGAUUCAACGGGUCCUCUUUGGCAAUAACCUCAACUUCUGGCUGCAUAAGCUCAUCUUUGUAGAUGCCAUUGCCUACCUGACUGGCAAGCGCCUCUGUCUCACACUUGACCGCUAUAUCCUUGUCGACAUCGAUGAUAUAUUUGUGGGCAAAGAGGGCACUCGCAUGAAAGUGUCGGAUGUAGAGGCUCUACUGAAUACUCAGAACAAGCUGAGAACUUUAGUGCCCAAUUUCACCUUCAACCUGGGCUUCUCUGGGAAAUUCUACCACACAGGUACGAAUGAGGAAGAUGAAGGAGAUGACAUGCUGCUCCAACACCGGAAGGAGUUCUGGUGGUUCCCUCAUAUGUGGAGUCACAUGCAGCCCCACCUCUUCCAUAAUGUCACCGUGCUGGCUGAGCAGAUGAAGCUCAACAAGCAGUUUGCGCUGGAGCAUGGGAUCCCCACAGACCUGGGCUAUGCUGUGGCCCCCCAUCAUUCUGGGGUUUAUCCUGUCCACACACAGCUCUACGAGGCCUGGAAAUCUAUCUGGGGCAUCCAGGUGACCAGCACUGAGGAGUAUCCGCACCUGCGGCCUGCCCGGUACCGUCGAGGGUUCAUCCACAAUGGAAUCAUGGUGCUGCCUCGACAGACCUGUGGUCUUUUUACUCACACCAUCUUCUACAACGAAUAUCCUGGUGGCUCUAAGGAAUUGGACAAAAGCAUUCGUGGUGGUGAACUCUUUCUGACAGUGCUCUUGAACCCAAUCAGCAUCUUCAUGACCCACCUGUCCAACUAUGGGAAUGACCGGCUGGGGUUGUACACCUUUGAGAGCCUGGUCAAAUUUGUACAGUGCUGGACCAACCUUCGCUUGCAGACUCUGCCCCCAAUCCAGCUGGCCAAGAAGUACUUUGAGAUCUUUCCCCAGGAAAAGAACCCACUGUGGCAGAAUCCCUGUGAUGAUAAGAGGCACAAGGACAUCUGGUCCAAAGAGAAAACAUGUGAUCGGCUCCCCAAGUUCCUCAUCGUUGGACCUCAAAAAACUGGCACCACAGCUGUGCACUUCUUCUUGACCAUGCACCCUGCUGUCACCAGUAAUUUUCCCAGUCCAUCCACCUUUGAAGAGAUCCAGUUUUUCAAUGGACCCAACUAUCACAAAGGAAUUGACUGGUACAUGGAAUUCUUUCCCAUCCCCUCCAAUGCCAGCACAGACUUCAUGUUUGAGAAAAGUGCCAACUACUUUGACACAGAGGUGGUACCAAAGCGUGGCGCAGCCCUGCUCCCACGAGCCAAAAUCAUCUCUGUCCUGAUCAACCCUGCUGACCGAGCCUACUCCUGGUACCAGCACCAGCGCGCUCACAAUGACCCUGUGGCACUCAACUACACCUUCUACCAAGUGAUCUCUGCGAAAGCCCAGGCCCUUCAGGAGCUGCGUAAUCUGCAGGGCCGAUGCCUGCUCCCUGGAUGGUACUCAACACACCUAGAGCGCUGGCUGACAUACUAUCCCCCAGGGCAGAUUCUGAUUGUGGAUGGCCAGGAGCUCCGGCACAACCCUGCCUCCAUCAUGGACAGCAUCCAGAAGUUCUUGGGGGUGACACCACUCUUCAACUACACCCAGGCUCUCAAGUUUGAUGAGGCAAAAGGCUUUUGGUGCCAGGUACUGGAGGGAGGGAAGACAAAAUGCCUGGGAAAGAGUAAAGGAAGGAAAUAUCCCGAUAUGGAUUCCUCGUCACGGCUGUUCCUACGAGACUUCUACCGGGAGCACAACAUUGAGUUAUCCAAGCUGAUGAACAGACUCGGGCAGCCCCUUCCAACGUGGCUCCGGGAAGAAGUGCAGAACUCCAGCUGGAGCUGAGCCUGGCUGGCAGCCGUAUAGUGCUGUCACUCCCACCAGUGUGGAAAUACUUUACACUGCCAUCUCUUGUCACUCAAAAAAAACUACUGGACAAAAGGGCAGGAGCAGGGAAUGUGUGCAGAGCCCCUCCUCCUGUCCCGGCAAGGGCUGCUGCCUUGUCCCUGUCACCCACCAAGAUGCAGAGGAUGUGGCGCACAGUGCAAAUUGGGCCCUUAAGUAUUAAUGGUUUGUCACAUAGCUUUGUGCAAGAUGGAUGCAGAGCAACUGCAGUCACUCCCAGUUCAGCACCUGCCUCACCCCUUCCCAAGCAGAGACACACCACAGACCUCUGGUGGGCUUCACUCCCUCCUCCAAGCAAAGCAGGCUGGCUGGGGGGUGGUGGUGGAAAAAGGAGAGAGUGAUAGCCCUCUACAUUCAGCCCAUUACCCACAGAGCACCCAAAGCAUGGUGGUUGAAGUGUUAAUACCUUACUCCAGUACCGCUACUGAAACAGACGUGGCAUGAGGGGCCUGUGCUUUGGCUGGUGAGUGGCAAGGCGGGGCUGUGGCAGAGCAAAGUGGGGGUAUAGGUCAGUGUAGUACAGGCAUGGGUCCUGCUUUCUCUGUGUUGGAGGUCGGUGCCAUUGCUACUAUCAUGUGGCACCUCAGAAUUGCACCCAGGAGUAGUCUGGGCCCUGCUCUGGUGGUGUGAAGAAGAUUGCCUUUCCCUGCCUGCAGCCUUGCUAUCAUGAUCCUGUGAGUGAAGGUAAGGGGCCAUAGGAAAUGAGGCAGAGAUUUGCAUAAGUUGCCAUAAGUAAACCACUUGUUUUAAGGCAGAAAUGAGAAUGUGCGCGCUCUUGCUCGCUCUCGCACAACUCUGCGUGGGUGACUGGCCUUUGCCUGCUGAAGCUCCUAAAUGUGGUUUGUGUCCCAGUAUAACCAAGCAGGGCUCCUUCAGGUCUGCCUCCCCUCCCACCAAGUGCUGUGCAGUACUAUCUUUGGUGGGGAAAUCAACAGACCUGGGCUUCAUCGAAGGCAAGGGCAGAAGGUGAGGCCUUACACCUGUUUCAGACCACAGCUAGUCAAGUGGACAAGAUCUUAUUUUUGCCCAUCCCUUCCCCAGGACCACAGCCCCUAAAGAUUUUUUUGCUCAAAAGCAGCAUAGGUUCAACUUUGGCAUGAAGCUUGUCAGAGAGAGAGAGGGGCCUCCUACUCUACGAGACAGGAUAGGGCCUGAUCCUUGCAAUUCAGAAAGGAAGAAGACUGAACCAGAUGGAAGUCCUCACUGCAUUUUAGAGGCAGGCUGUGUGGGGAGAGCAAAUACCAGGUCACCUAUGCCAUGUGAAGUGAAGCAUUCUGGGGUUUUGUCUUGCUCCGAUCAGGCACUCUAGAGCAGCAAGGGACUGAGUCACUUCUGAAACAGUUGCAAGUUCAUUUUGCUGUUACAGUCUAAGUUUUCUUUGGCUGAGCCAUGGGUACCUUCCAUGCGUAAGGGGAGCCUCUGGAGGUAGCAAGCUCCCCGCCCCCACCCCUAACCCCCCCAUAGCAUUAUACACCCAGGAGAGAAGGUGGGGGAAAUGCUCCUUCUUCAGAAGACAGCCAGGUUUCCCCCGAGAACAAUCUGGCCAGGAACACAAAUAACAUGGCAAUUUCUGCAACUGUCAUAAUUUUUCCCCCCUCCCUAUCAGAGAAGUUGUUUCAACCAAGCUUUUUCAUUAAGCCCUAGGUAUUGUGUAUUUUAAAUGGUGCAUUUACCAUUGUAUGUAAAUGUAUAUAACAUGCAAUAUAGUAUUUUAUUCCAUGUGCCCUGGGGAAGGGCAAACCUUGUGCAGUCAGAAAAAAGAAAGAGGAACAAAACCCAUUCUCAACCCUGUUAGAGGCCAGAAGAGGUGAGUUGAGGAGAGCCCCACUUUCUGCACUGGAUUCAUGUAUAAUGUCAUUCACAUUGAAUGAUGAUGAUAAUGGAGAAAUUCUUGGCUCUCGCAGCUGAGCACAAGUGUCUGAAUAAAGGCUAGAAGUAGCAAUAAAUGUACUACUUAUUUUU